GAUCCGUUACGGAUGCUUCGCGCUUGUGCGGUGAGAAACAUCGGCACAGAGUAGACCAGGCACAGUGACUUUAGGCGUUUACUUUUUCGUAGAGCUCUUUUUUUUUUUUCUUUAGAGCUGUAUUUUAGACUCAGUUCUGGUAGAAUUCACACUCCGCGCUCUCCGCCUAUUUUCUAGCGUCUCACCAACGCUGUUGGCGUAGGGCCUGCUCUGCGUCUCAACUCAGCUCAUCCCGGCUCGACCGUCUCGCCCUCAGUCCGCAGUAAAAGGUGGCCCGGUGCUACUCCACACAUGGAGGCUUGCGGGGUGACCCAGCAGGUGUUUCACUAGAGUUAUCUGGCCAGGAGACAAGCUGACCGGUGAUGAAGGACCGACUGGCCGAACUGUCUGCUAGCAGGACACAAACAGACGAGGAUGUUGCAGUCACAGUGGACAGAGAUGGCUUCAUGGAGAACUUUUUCAGGAGGGUGGAAGAAGUUAGAGGGCUCAUUGAUAAGAUCGCCUACCAAGUGGAAGAGGUGAGGAAGAUGCACAGCAUGAUCCUGUCUGCACCAAACCCUGACGACAGAACAAAGGAUCAACUGGAUGCACUCACCAACGAUAUCAAAGGGAAUGCCAAUGUGGUGCGAGCGAAACUAAAAUCCAUGGAGCAAAGUAUGCCCAAAGAUGAUGUAGCUAAUAGAUCCUCUGUUGACUUCAGGAUCCAGAAAACACAGCACACAGUGCUGUCCAGGAAGUUUGUGGAGGUCAUGACCCAGUACAAUGAGACGCAAGUCUCCUUUCGGGAAAGAAGCAAAGGAAGGAUCCAGAGACAGCUGGAGAUAACUGGAAGAGUAACAACCAAUGAGGAGCUGGAGGAAAUGUUAGAAAGUGGAAAUCCAUCAAUCUUCACAUCUGAUAUCAUUUCUGAUUCCCAGAUCACACGUCAGGCGGUAAAUGAGAUAGAGUCACGACACAAGGACAUCAUGCGUCUGGAGUCGAGCAUCAGAGAGCUCCAUGCCAUGUUCAUGGACAUGGCAAUGCUGGUAGAAACGCAGGGGGAUAUGGUUAAUAACAUUGAGAAGAACGUCUCCAACGCAGCCGAAUACAUUUUCCGUGCAAAGGAAGAAACCAAAAAAGCAGUGAGAUACCAGAAAAAAUCCCGGAGGAAACUUGUCUGCCUCGCCAUGGGUGCGGUUGCAUGUUUCCUCCUUUUACUCAUCAUAAUAGUCAGUGUCUUUGAGUGACGGAUUUCAUGGUUCACAACCUUACAGUCAGCAAUCAGCUGCUCCUGUAGGUGAUGAGGCAAGGAACAGUUUCAUAAUAAGACUGUCACUAUUCACUAUCCAAAAGCAUUACAGAGAUGAGCUCGUGACCAGAGUAAAAUAAGUAUAAUGUGUGUGACCCACUUUGCGCCAGUAACGUCAGACCUCGUGAAACACGGUUGUGGAACAAUUUUGUACAGCUAGAGUAAAGCGUCCAGUCUGCACAUAUCCCUUUGCCUUAGCUGUGGUAUAAUGAACACUGACAGCAACAUCAGAUUUAUACACUGGUGUAGGUUCUGUAUUGCUCCAUUUUUUCAUGUUGGGGAUCACUUUCAGACAUUUCCUGCUCUAAUGACUUUAAAGGAACAGUUUGACGUUCUGAGAAAUACGCUAACUCGCCUUCUUGCAGAGAGUUAGAUGAGAAGAUUGAUACCAUUCUCACGUCUGUACGGUAAGUAUGAAGCUACCACCCGCAGCCUCAUAGCGUAGCUUAACAUAAAGACUGGAAACAGAAAAGCAGCUGGCCUCGCUCUGUCCUCCUCUUUCAGCCAGCCAAUGAAAGAGGAGGACCUUAUUACUCUCAUUGAUGAUGUUCUGAGGCACGAUGACAAAAACAGUGAUGGUUUUUUAUAGAUCAUGCAGAGUAACAACGUUAAGGUUCUACCCCUCGUAAAACUACAAAGCAUCAUUUUUACAUUUCUGUUUGUUUGCGGAAUAAACAAACAAGAUAUAUUGCGGUAGACUGUGAGCCUUAGAGGUGCUGCUAGGUUAACUUUGUUACCUUUGAACAGGACCAUGCUAGCUGUUUCCCUUCGUCUCCUGUCUUUGUACUAAGCUAAGCUGUUGGCUGCAGUUCCAUAUUUAGCGUAUCGACAUGAGAGUGGUUUCAAUCUUCUUUCCUUACUUUCGGCAAGAAAGUGAAAACGUGCUACUCCCAAAAUGUCUAACCAUUGCAUACUGUAUAUUAACUAUUGUGUAAUCCUUAUGUUCUCUUGUCUUUUUCUAUGUUUACUGUAAUUCAUUUGAACUGACUGUAAAACUACUACAGCUCAGGAGUCCCAUAGGAAUAGAAAAAUGUAUUUUAAAAAAAAUAUAUUCCCUGUAAGCAUUUCAAGGUAAUUGUCUUUCAAUCUGAAGAAAUACUUUCAGAUCAAUUGAAUGGAAUUCAUUAAUUCAUUUAAUAUCUCUUACAAAAGUGCCUUCUUGACAUUUAACAUGAAACCUUAACUUAUUGAAUUGUAUUUAUCACCGUCAGUGUGUGUGAUGACUGAAACAUUAUUAUAGUCAUAGUUUAACAUAGGACUUUUGGGUGAUACUAUUUCAAGAGCACACGUUUUAUUUUGAUACAUUUGAUUCUCUUUUUAAAAAAAAUGUUUUUAAGUUAUAUCUUGUAUUUUAUAUUGAAGCAGAAUAAAUAAGUCAGGUAAUUCAAAAUAAAGAGUAAAAAGUC